UUUGUUUAUUUGCAUAACCACUCUAGCUUAAACCCCUAGUUAUUGUUCAUAUAUAGCAUACGUAUAUCGAUACAGGUGUUCUUUGUUUUCUGGGGAUUUUGUCUUGUUUUAGAGGGGAAAUCUGGGCCAUAGGUUUCUAAUCCUGUGAUUCUUCUCUUCUGGGUUUUCGCUGGGUUCGCUGGGUUCUUGAUAGAUUGUUUUUUUUUUUUUUUGUAUCUAUAAAUCAGAGUAUCUGAUCCGAUUUUUUCUCUUUUGUUUACUUUUCCGGAUUCGAGAAGGGCUCUUUGAGAGAGUGAGGAGUGGAAGGAUUUGUGGUUUGAAGAGAUUUUAUGUCGGCAAGGUCUGGAUUGGGUUCUGUGUUUGGGGCUUUUUUGUUGAAGCUCUGGGUUGUUGUUUCUUCUGUUUUGCUCAAUCUCUGUAUGCAAAGAUUUUUCCUCUGCUGUUCAGUUCAGCAGAGAGCCGCCGUUGUUUUCCCGUCCGUUUCGAUGCGUUUGAGGCCCAAAAGGACUUGUUCUGGAGUAGAGUGUUUUGGGGGAUUUCACAUAAAGCGAUUCUUACAUACUUUCCCGAUACAACCGUAACAAUUUCUUGAUUUUCCGAGAGGUUUUCCGGCUGAUUUUUUUUACUUUUGACUUGUUUUCCGAUCAUAUUUUUGGCUUUUUAAAUUUGUUCUUGGACCAGAGCUUUCCGGGGAAAUUUUGUUUGGGGGGUUUCGUUGUGAUCUGAGUUAUAUAAGAUGUUGUUAUCGAAUCAUCCAACCGGCGGCCGAGCAAUGAAACCCAGAGCUGAGCCCGGAAAGCCCAUGAGGAGAAUCCGGAUUGUUUGCGAGGACCCGGAUGCUACUGAUUCAUCGGACGAUGAACGGUUGGAUGUGAAGAAACCGAGGAUGUUUGUCCGUGAGAUUCUCUGUCCUGUACCUGAUUCUUUCAAGAAUCAAGUUAAGGGGCUUGAAACUGAGGGAUUUUCCUCUCAAGAUAGCAGCAAUGAGGCGAAAAGAAACAACCUUAAGAAGAAAAGGGUUUUGGCUAAAACCCCGGGCCAAUCCCGCCCGUCUAACCCCUCGAAGCUGAGGGGCGUUCGCCAGCGUAAAUGGGGUAAAUGGGCUGCUGAGAUUCGCGAUCCUUUCCUGGGGAAGAGAGUGUGGCUUGGUACCUUUGGUACGGCCGAGGAGGCUUCGAGAGCUUAUGAAAUGAAACGGCUCGAGUUUGAGGAGGCUAUGGCGAAGAAUGGUAUCAAUUCUGAUAAGGGCUCGGAUGUUUAUAUGGUUGAUAAUCACGAUAUCAAUCGGUCUGGUUCGGUUGUGGUUUCAGAUCCCCCGGGUAAGGGCAAGGCGGUUGCCUGUGUCUCCGAGGACUCCGUGGGAAGCUUGGUGUCACACACCUCGCCUUCCUCGGUUCUUGAAUUGGAAUCUUUCACUUCCGCCGUGGCUAAUGUGAAGGUUGAUAACGAGAAGACGGAUGAUGAUUGUGUUGAGAAGAAAACGCCCGAAGUCCCGGGUGGUAUUGACGAUGAAAUCUUAGUGAGUCAACUGUUUGAAACGGUUGAUAAUGUGCCCGAUCUGCUCGAUGAGACUCUCUCGAUGGCUCAAAUGGCCGACGAUAUGGACCUUGCUAGGCAGCUGGAUGCGGCCUUUGCUAGUGAUGAAUAUACAGGUUUUGAUGAUUUUGGUCUCGGGGACUUUGACAAUUUUGACCUCCCAUUCUGCGGGAUUGAUGGCCAUGAUGAGCAGAUCCCCACAAGCUUGCCUGAUUUUGAUUUCGACUUCAAUUUUGAUGACUGCAACGAAGAAUGGAUCGAUGAACCUCCCCUCGUGCCCGGGUCAACCCCCCUCAACAUUGCUUGCCCAUAAGUUUUGCAGCUAAUAGGAGUUUUACUUAAAUACUGUUCGAACAAAGUUUUGUUUAUUUAAGUUAAUAGUAGUAUUUACUUUGUCGUCGAGAAGGGAAUUUUGUGUCGGGAUCAUUUUGGUCGAAAGAACUUGUUAGUCCAUUGGGUUUUCUCGAGCUAUUAGAGCCGUCCAAAGGGCUUAAACCUCCUUCUUUUCUCUACUUAGCCUUUGCUUUUGUAAGUGGAGUUUUGGAAGAUGAUGUUUGAUCCCUUGUCUCUUUUAUCUUUCUUAUAGUUUGCAACUUAUGAAAAUUCUAUGAAUGAUAUGAUGAACUAUGUAAUGUUUUUUCCUUGCAA